GUGUUCGCCGUGCUCUCAUUUCAUUCCUUCAUCAAUCUGCUCAGACAGCUCUUCUUGGUGUCAGGCUCGUGUGGUAAUAUCUACUUACCCGGGCGCAUAGAGCAUGUCCUCCUGAGACAAUCGCUCAGUCAAUCCGUUCAGAGCUGACCGACGCGGGUCUAUUUCCACCUUAUUAAUUGAAUCAAAUAGAAGCCCGUCGAAGAUUCAAUUGAUCUUCUCGGAGGACACAGCACCUUUUCUUCUGAUACCUUUCGUAAGGAACACUCUCUUGUGCAACCAAAAUGGCCGCCUCCACUCCUUACCCCGCGUCCCUGAACACCCUGUUCGACGAGACAUCCUCGCUGCGGGACCAGUAUGACCCCAUCCGGCUGACAGAUGCGGAUAUCACUCCCCUGCUCCAACUGCCCUCCGCUAAAGCGGUCUUUGGACACGAUUCGGCGGAUGAAAGUGCCCUCGGCCGUGUCUUUGCCGGGGAAAUCUCCUAUACUACCUUCUUGUCCGAAAAGGCAAAGGCAGUCUCUCAAACACCCGUGGAUGGCUUGACCUCCGAACAACAACGCUCUCAAUUGCUCUACAUUGGUCUGGCCGCUCUGUUCGCAUUCUUGCAGUCGAACGUCACCGGUCCUCCUCUUGAAUUCAGCCCUGCAGAUGUCAUCGUUCCUGCUGCUCUUCGGCCGGACGCGGCGACCCUCCGUGCUGUUCGUGCUCGUGUCAUUCGCGAUCUCUCGGUGGAUGGUGAAGCAGCCUACAAGCUGACCCCGAAUGUGGAGUUGUUUGCUGUGGCAAAGGCUAUUCUGGUUGACGCCGAUGUCUUGACAAAUGGCCCGGUGGUGGCUAGGACCGCAAAGGUCCGUGUCAACUUCCUUCACCAGAAGAUGCUGUCGGAAGUCACUAGCACAUUGCAGGAUGUGAUCUAUGACGACCUGCAAGAGCUCGAGAAGCUUGUCAUGAGCGAGAAGUGCACUGCGCAGGAAAAGGGAAGAUUCCUUCUUGAACGUGCUACGAUCCAUACUCACCACAGCUUUGAUGCGAAGGCUAGAAAGGAUCUCGAGCAGGCAGCCGUCGUGCGGAAUUUCGAAUUCGCUUUGACUGGUAAGCUGGGAAAGAGAACCAAGUUCCAGGACCGUGAUAUCAGUCAGCUCGUCAUCCUAGCCAAGAGCGCCGAUGAGACAUCAGAGGCAACGGGUGCCACCGCGGAAUCGGAGAACGACAAGCCCUCCGGCCCGAAGAACCUUGACCUCAAUGAUGAUACUCUCCUCGAGUCCAUUUCCUUCACCAAGACCGACGGACAGGAGUCCCAAGGAAAGCCAGUGACCGUCCAGGACGAGUCGAACCUCUCACCAGCCCUGGCCUCUCUUGAUCCCGGCAACCAGCCCAAACUUGACCCGGUCGACUCUGCUAUUCUCCUCGCUCUGGCUUCCGCAAUCACAAAUACCGCCCCCGAGAACGGCCUCACCCGUGAGGAAACCCAGCCGUACGCUACCCGCGUCCUCGAAGGUGGCAGCUCGAACUGGCAGAUCUACACUCAGGCCCUGUUGGUGCGUAGUCGCAUCGAGGGUUACAAAGCCAGAACGGUCGAGAGAGCCGUCUUGCAGAUGCAGGCUCUCGUUGACCAGGUCAUCGCCGACACCGCCACCUCCGAUACCCAAGCUGGCACGUCCGUCGAAGAGCCCACUACUUUCCUUCCGAGACCCGAGAAAUCGGAAUCCGCAUCAGCUGCCGAACGUCUGGAGUACAUCUGGAUCCUGCGCUUCUCCACCCGGUGGAGCCUCGAGGCAGAGCUCGCAACUCGCUGGGUCAACCUCGGAGGUCUGCGGACUGCCCUGGACAUCUACGAGCGUCUGCAGAUGUGGGCCGAGGCUGCUCUCUGCUACGCCGCCACCGAACGCGAGGACAAGGCCAAGUUCCUCGUCCGCAGACAGCUCUACCAACCCACCGGCACAGACCCCGACGAUGAGAAUGAGAAAUUCGACGGACCCGAACUCUCUCCCCUUCCUGCGGACGCCCCCCGUCUGUUCUGCAUCAUGGGUGACAUCGACACCGACCCAGCAAUGUACGAGCGUGCAUGGGAAGUCUCGAACAAUAGAUACGCUCGUGCUCAACGCUCUCUCGCCCGUCACUAUCUCACCCUGAAGCCCCCGGCUCUGGACAAGGCCGAGGACGCCUACCGCAAGAGUCUGCACAUCAACCGCCUCAACCACGGCGCAUGGUUCGCCCUCGGCUGCGUCCAGCUCGAACUCCAAAAGUGGGACGAGGCCAUCGACUCUUUCACCCGCACCGUGCAGUUGGAGGACAACGACGCCGAAGCCUGGAGCAACCUCGCCGCCGCGAUCCUGCGCUCUCCCAAGCCCGCCGAAUCCGAAACCCCCAUCCCCGAAACCUCCCCCGACGAGGUCACCGAGGAGGGCGAGCAGCCCAUCCCCGAAGACCCUCACAAGCGCAAGCGCGAAGCCCUCGCAGCCCUUCAGCGCGCCGCGCAACUCAAACACACCGAUGCCCGCAUCUGGGACAACGUCCUCACCGUUGCCGCCUCGAUCCCUCCCCCUUUCACUCCCUUCCGUGAAGUCAUCACCGCCCAGAAACGAGUGAUCGAGCUCCUCGGUUCCAAGAACGGCGAGAAAUGCAUCGACCUCCCCAUCACCGGCAUGCUCGUCGACCACCUCGUCACCGCCUACAACUACGAGGACCUCCUCAUCCACAUCGACGACAACCCCACCUCCGAGCGUGUCGUCCGCAGCGGCACCAUCGCCGGCCAAAUCCUCUCCCUCAUCGAGAACAACAUCGUCCCUCUAAUCACCCACUCUGCUCCCCUCUGGCUUCUCGUCUCCCGCGUCGAACAGUUCCGCGACCGCCCCUCCAAGGCCUUCGAGGCCCAUGAAAAGGCCUGGCGUGCUACCGUCGCCUCCUCGACCCAGGGUGCCUUCCAGAUGGGCGACGAGAAGAAGUGGAUGGAGAUCGUCCGCGCCACGGAACGGCUAAUCCGGGAUGGAUAUGCGCGGUACGGACCGAUGGAUAAGGAGGGUCAGCAGACUGAUGCGAAUGGCGAGGCUGUCCUGGUGGCCAAGGAUUGGCGAUUCAAGGCGAGAAGUGCCGUCAGAGGUAUUCUCGGCAAGGGUAAGGAUUUCUGGGAGGACAGUGAGGGGUGGACUCGGUUGAAGGAGGUGCAGGCUGAGGUGGGAAGUUCGUAGUAUGAUGUGAUAUAUGGCAUGUGUUUAUGAAAAGAGAAAAGUUUUCUAGUUGUUGAUUAUGAGAAAUGUAAGCAGGAGCUGC